AAGAAAUCUUUUAUUUCAGUUCACAUUUCUGUGAAAUCACUGCGGAAGCAUGAAAUAUGGACAACUGCCUUGAGUCUUCACUUGACUCACUGGGAUAGACUGAGGCUUUGGUGUGUGUCUCUGUUAGCAUUUCAUUCAUACCUCAUAGGCUUUUGAUAUACUCUUGAGAUUGUUUUCAAUUUUGUGUUGAAACAAUAAAACAUUUUGCACUGUAGUAAUAUGAGCGCUAACUCUGUAUUGUACAGCAGUUAGUGAAUUAUUUUAAAGAAUCAGUUCAGUAUAGGCAGUCAGAAAAGAUUAAGUCUUCUGUGUAGCUUAGUGCAAUGUGCACUUUUGCUUUACUUUGUGUUUUCCUGCUUUUUAUUUUCCUGUAACAUGAAGCAGCAGAAACUGAAAGAUCAAAGUUAAGAUUACAUCCUAUUUAUAAGUACCAGAUUUUUUUUUCUGUGUACAAGUAUAGGAUUGUAAUCUAAACUGGAAUUUUUAGGCAGUAAGCCACUACAGAAUGUUUUAAAUAAGUCAUAACACAGUUAUUAUAAAUAAAAAGCUUAAUGUUUGUAAAGAUAUCUUUUUUAGUAUUUCUUUUCCACCUAGUGGUGGCUGCUAAAAAGGCUACAGUGUUUAGUAAGGUUGCUUUUGAUUUAUGUAAAUAUUUGUAAAUUGGUCGGUGCCUGUAAAUUUAAAUAUAAAAGUAAUCUUGAAAACAGUUUUAACUUUUUCAGAAAGACUGUGUGCAACUUUUAGACCUGCUGUAGCACAGUUUGUACCUCUAAUGUGUUGGUUUUUUGCAGAUCAAUUCAAAUGCUAAAACUUGCUUUUCUUUGACUUGUAAAAGGUGCAUAUUUUCAUUUUCUUCUUUAAGUUUAAAUUUUUGUAUGAUGUCUAAUGAAAUAAAGUUUAUAUAUGGAAAUUGUUGAGAUUUUUUUUUUCUGUUAAAGUCUUUAUCUUUAAUAUGAGAUGGAGGUUGUAGUUAUCAUUUAGAACUGAAUUAAAUUCAAUAAUUGUGCUUGGUUAUUCAGAUUAUACAGAGAAUCUUGGAAUCAAGUUCAUUCUUGACAAAGCCAACUAACCACAUUAAUACCUUUUUAUCUGGUAUUAUUAGGAAUGAAGCUUUCCACGUAGGUGAAUUUUUAAGAUUGCUGAUAUUAACACUAUUUAAAAGCAAUUAAGCUUUUUAUAUUAAUUCUUUUUCUUGGAACAUUUCCUAAAAUGUACUACAAACUGUUAAAGCCUUCUUAAUCAGAAUGUAUAGAGUAUAAUUAACAUUCUAGUGAUGAUUUCAGAAAAUCAUUAUGAACAAUUUUAAAUAAUAGUCAUAGUUGUUAGGUGCCGUUGAGUUUGUUCCAACUCAUGUACAACAGAAUGAAGCACUGCCCGUUCACCAGCCAUCCUCACAGCUGUUGCUACAUUUGAGCCCACUGUUUCAGCCCUGUGUCAAUCCAUCUCGUCCUCUUCUUUUUCGAUGACCUUCUACUUUAUCAAGCAUGAUGUCAUUCGCUAGGGAACUGGUCCCUCCUGAUAACAUGUCCAAAGUACAUGAGGUGAAGCCUCGCCAUCCUCACUUCUAGGGAGCUUUCUGGCUGUACCUCCUCCUUAUGGCAGUCCAUGGUAUAUUUGUUACUCUUUACAAACACCAUAAUUCAAAGGCAUCAAUUCUUCUUCAGUCUCGCUUAUUCAUUUUGUGGCUCUCACGUGCAUAUGAGGUGAUUGAAAAUACCCUGGCUUGUGUCAGGCUCACCUUAGUCCUUAAAGUGACAUCUUUGCUUUUUAACACUUUGAAGAGGUCUUUCAUGGCAUAUUUGCCCAACGGAAUAUGUUGUUUGGUUUCUUGACUGCUGCUUCUGUGGGUGUUGAUUAUGGAUCCAAGUAAAAUGAAAUCCCUGACAACUUCAAUCUUAUCUCAUUUAUCACGAUGUUAUUGGUCCAGUUGUGAGGGUUUUUGUUUUCUUUAUGUUGACCUGUUAUCCAUACUGAAGACUGUAGUCUUUGAUCUUCAUCAGGAAGUGCUUCAACUCCUCUUCACUUUUUCAGCAAGCAAGGUUGUAUCAUCUGGCUAUCUCAGAUUGUUAAUGAGUCUUCCUCCAAUCCCGAUGCCACCUUCUUCAUAUAGUCCAGCUUCUUGGAUUAAAUAAGUAUGGUGAAAGGAUACAACCCUGCUGCACACCUUUCCUGAUUUUCAGCCAUGCAGUAUGCCCUUAUUCUGUUUGAAUGAGUGCCUCUCAGUCUAUGUCCAGGUUCCUCAUGAGCACAAUUAAGUGUUCUGGAAUUCCCAUUCUUUGCAGUGUUAUCCAUAAUUUGUUAUGAUCCCUACAGUCAAAUGCCUUUGCACAGUCAAUAAAACAUAGGUAAACAUCUUUCUGGUAUUCUCUGCUUUUAGCCAGGAUCCAUCUGACAUCAGCAAUGAUACCCUGGUUCCACAUCCUCUUCCGAAUCCAGCUCGAAUGUCUUAUAGUUCCCUGUCAGUGUACUGUUGUUAGUGUUUUUUGGUUCUGUUUUGUUUGAAUUUUUAUUGUGCAUUAGGUGAAAGUUUACAGAACAAGUUAGUUUCCCAUUCCAUAGUUUGUACAUGAAGUAUUGUAUGACAUUGGUUUCAUUCCCCACAACGUGUCAGCAUUCGCCCCAUUUUCAUUCUAGGUUCCCUGUUGCCUUUGGUCCUGAUUUUCUACCCUUUUCUACCUUCUCAUCUUUGCUUUUGGGCAGAUGUUGCCCUUUUGAUCUCAUAUAACUCAUUGUUGUAAGGCUUACAUUAAUCUCGGAUGUUACUGUUUAUUUUAUGGGCUGGUCUGUGGUUUGGCUGAAAGGUGGUCUCUGAGAAUGGCUUCAGUUCUGGUUCGGAAGGGUGUCUUAGGGCAGUAGUCUGUCACACCAGUAAGUCUUGCCUUUUUUGUGAAUUUGAUUUUUUGAUUAUAAUUUUUCUCUUGCUCUGUCCUGGACCCUUUGUUGUGAUCCUAGUCAGAGAAGUUGGUAAUGGUAGCCAAGCACCAUUUAGUUCUUUUGGUCUUGGGGUUGUGUAUGCUGUGGUUCAUGUGGUCCAUCAGUCCUUUGUUAGUCCUUUGGACUAAUUGCUCUCUGGAGUCUUUGAUUAUCAUCACUCUCCUUUGCUCCGGAUGGUAAGAGACCAAUAGCUCUAUCUUAGGUGGCUGCUCGCGAGCUUUUUUUUUUUAAAUAAGGUAGAUCACCUUUUCAUAUGUUUAUUAGUUAUUUGGAGUUUCUCUUUUGUGAAAUGCAUGUUCAAGUAUCUAAGCAUUUUUUAAAAACUGGGUUACCUUUUUUUAUUGAUUAGUAAGAUUUCUUUAUAUAUUCCAGAAAUGUUUCAAAUAAAUUCCCCACUCUGAAGCUAGUCUUUUCAUUCUCUUAGAUUCUGUCUUGUAAUCAAUAGAAGUUUUAAUUUUAAUGUAGUCCAUUUAUCAAUAUUUUCCUUUCUAGUUAGUGUCUUUUGUGUCCCCUUUAAAAUUUCCUGUUCUGUUUUCAUGUUAGGAUUCUACUAUGUUCUCUUUUGAGUGCUUCGUUGUUUUGCCAUUUAUAUUUAGUUUUACUAUCUUUCCAGAAUUUUUUUUUGUGUAUGGUGUGAGAAAAUAGUCAAGUUUUAUUUUAUUAUUCUAUUUUAUUUUUUACUGAUGACCAAUACAUAUGAAACCAUGUGAUUUAUCUUGAUUUGGAACACUCAGAGUGAAAAGAGAUGCAACAAAUAAUUACACUGGAACAAACUGUGUAAAGUGGAAUUGUCUUAGGCAAAUGGGACAUAUAAUUAUUUUAGCAAUUGUCCCAGCACCAUGUAAUGAAAAAAUUCUCAUUAUUUAGCAGCACCACCUUUGUCAUAAAAUAAGUAUCUGUAUAUGUAUAAUUUUGGUUUCUUAUCUAUUUAUGUAUCUUCGUUUCACUGCCAUGCCACGUAAUUACCACCUUUUUUUUUUUUUAACUGUGCUUUAGGUGAAGGUUUAAAGAGCAAAUUAGUUUCUCAUUAAACAAUUAAUACACAUAUUGUUUUGUGACAGUGGUUGCCAACUCUGUGAUGUGUCAACAUUCUCCCCUUCUCAACCUUGGGUUCCCAUUUCCAUUUGUCCAGCUUUUCUGUCCCCUCCUGCCCACUCAUCCUUGCCUCUGGGCUGGUGUGCCUGUUAAAUCUUACUUUGUUUUACUGGCCUGUCUGUCUUUGGCCGAAGGGUGAACCUCAGAAGUGACUUCAGUACUUAGUUAAAAGAGUGUCUGGAGCCCAUACUCUUGUGGUUUCCCCAGUCUCCGUCAAACCAGUAAAUCUGGUCUUUUUUUUUUUUAGUUAGAAUUUGGUUCUGCAUUUUUCCCCAGCUCUGUCUGGGACCCUGUAUUGUGAUCUGUGUCAGAGCAGUUGGUGGUGGUAGCCAGGCACCAUCUAGUUGUCUUGGACUCAGUCUGGUGGAGGCUGUGAUAGUUGUGAUCCACUAGUCCUUUGGACUUAUCUUUCUCUUGUGUCUUUGGUUUUCUUCAUUCUCCCUUGCUCCAGACGGGGUGCUUGCAAGCUUUUAAGACCCCAGAUGCUAGUCACUAAAAUAGGAUGCAGAACUUUGUCUUUAUGAGCUAUAUUGUGCCAGUUGACAUAGAUGUCCCCUGAGUUUAUGUUCCUUCUACUUCAGGCCUAGGAACUUCAUUCCACGAGGUGUUUGGUUAUGCCUAAGAAGUUGCCCUGACUGUGGCCCUUGUGUGCUUAAUAUAUAAGCACCACCUACAGUUAUGUAUGUAGAAAUAUCUACCACCAAACCUAUAUCUGCAGGUGGGUGUGCUUUCUUACACCCUCCCACAUUUCUUGGCAUACCUAUCAACCUAUGUAUCCAUUCGUUAGUGUUUGUUCAUACUGUUGUUGCAGGAUUGUCUAUGCCGUAGUAAUUACCUUUGUUGCCCUUUGUUCUUGCAUUCCUCUCAGUGUCCUCCCGUGCCUUGGUCAUGUUUUGCUGACUUCGCCUGUAUUGUGUAUUGCCUUUCCCUUCACCAGUAUUAACAUGUAUCUUCUGUGUAUUUGGUAAAUUUCCUUUCCUCUGCCUCCCAUCCCUGGUAACCAUCAAAGAUUUUUUUUCCUGUCUGUAAACCUUUUCUUGGUUCUUUAUAAUAGAUUCAUCCUUUUGUGAUUGACUUAUUUCACUCAGUAUAAUGCCCUCUAAGUUUGUCCGUGUUAUGAGAUGUUUUGUGGAUUUGUUAUUAUUCUUUAUCCUUGUGUCGUAUUCCAUUGUGUGUAUGUACCACAGUUUGUUAAUCCAUUCAUCUGUUGAUGGGCAUUUAGGUUAUUUCAAUCAUUUUGCUAUUGUGAAUAAUGCAAUAAUGAACAUGGGAGUGCAUGUGUCUAUUUGUGUCAUGGCUCUUAUUUCUUUAGGGUAUAUACUUAUGAGUGGGAUUACUAUUUCUAGCUUUGUAAGAAAGUGCCAUACCAUUUUCCAUAGUUUUUGUACCAUGUUGCAUUCAUAUCAGCAGUGUAUAAGAGUUUCAAUCUCCCCACAACUUCUCCAACAUUUGUUAUUUCCUGUUUUUUCACUAGUGCCGGUAAUGCUGGGGUGAGAUGGCAUCUUAUUGUAGUUUUGAUUUGCAUCUCUCCAGUGGCUAACGGUCGUGAGCGUUUCUUCAUUUAUUUGUUAGUCGUCUGAGUAUCUUCUUCAGUGAAGUGUCUGUUCAUAUCCUUUGCCCAUUUUUUAAUUGGAUUGUUUGUCUUUUUGUUGUUGAGGUGUUGAAGUUUUCUAUAAAUUUUAGAGGUUAGACCCUUGUUGAAUAUGUUAUAGCCAAAAUUUUUUUCUCAGUCUUUAGGUUCUCUAAUCUUUUGGAAAAGUCUUUUGAUAAGUGUAAGUGUUUAAUUUUUAGGACGUACCAUUUAUCUAGUUCAUCUUCUGCUGUUUGUGCAUUUUUAGCUAUGUUUGGUAUUCUAUUUAUGCCAUACAUUAGGGCCCCUAGUGACAGGUCGGCAGUUUAAAUCUACCAGCUGCUCCUUGGAAACCCUAUGGGGCAGCUCUACUCUGUUUUGUAGGGUCACUAUGAGUUGGAAUUGACUCGACAGCAGUGGGUUUUUUUUUUUUUUUUGGUGUUAGUGUUGUUCCUGUUUUUUCUUCCAUAAUCUUUAUUGUUUUAGGUUUUAUAUUUAGGUCUUUGAUCCAUUUCAAGUAGUUUUUGUGUAUGGUGUGAAGUAUGGAUGCUGGUUCAUUUUUUCACAAAUGGACAUCCAGUUUUGCCCACACCCUUUGUCAAAGAGAUUGUCUUUUCCCAUUUAAUAGACUUUGGCCCUUUGCCAAAGAUCAGCUGUCCAUAGCUAGAUGAAUUUACGUCUGGAUUCCCAACUCUUUUCUAUUUUCUCUGUGGCCAUCAUUGUCGCAGUACCAGGCUGUUUUGACUAUUGUUGCUGUAUAGUAGUUCUGAGAUCAGGUAGUGUGAGGCCUCCUACUUUGUUCCUUCUUCAACAAUGCUUUUCUUAUGUGGGGCUCUUUCCUUUCCAUAUAAAAUUGGUGAUUAGUUUUUCCAUCUUGUUAGAGAAUGCUGUUGGAAUUUGGAUUGGGAUUGCAUUAUAUCUGUAGAUUGCUUUGGAAGUGUUGACACUUUCACAAUGUUGAGUCUUCCUGUCCAUGAGCAUGGUACGUUUUUCCAUUUAUGUAGAUCUCUUUUGAUUUCUUGUAGUAGUGUUUUGUAAUUUUUUUUUGAAUAGGUCUUUUAUAUCCCUGGUUAGAUUUAUUCCUAGGUAUUUUAUCUAUUGGGGGGCCAUUUCAGAUGGUAUUGCUUUCCCGAUUUUCUUUUUGAAGUUUUCUUUGUUGGUGUAGAGGAAUCCAACUGAUUUUUCUAUGUUGAUCUUGUAUCCUCCUCCUUUGCUGAAUUCUUUUAUUAGAUCCAAUAACUUUCUUGUUAUAUUUUGGGGGGGAUUUGUAUGUAUAGGAUCUUAUCAUUUGCACAUGAGGAUAGUUUUACUUCCUCAUUGCCAAGUUGGAUGCCCUUUAUUUUUUUUUCUUGCCUUAUUGCUCUAGCUAGGACUACCAGUGGAGCAGUGAAUAAGAGUGAUGAUAAAGGACAUCCUUGUCUGGUUCUCAAGGAGAACGCUUUCAUUCUCUCUUCAUUGAGAAUAAUGUUGGCUGUUGGUUAUGUAUAAAUGCCCUUUGUUAUGUUGUGGAAUUGCCCUUCUAUUUCUGUUUUGCUGAGAAUUUUUAUUAGUAAUGGUUGUUGGACUUUAUCAAAUGCCUUUUCAGUGUUAAGACGAUCAUGUGAUUUAUUUUUUUAAUGUGGAUUACAUUGAUUAAUUUUCUAAUGUUAAACCAUCCUUUCAUACCUUGUAUGAAUCUUACUUGGUUGUGAUGUAUUAUUUUUUUAAUAUGCUGUUGUAUUCUAUUGGCUGUAAUUUUGUUGAGAAUUUUGUAUCUGUAUUCAUGAGGGAUAUUGGUCUGUAAUUUUCUUCUUUUGCGGUGUCUUUGCCAGGCUUUGGUAUCAGGGUUUUGUUGGCUUCAUAGAAUGAAUUUGAGAAUAUUCCUUCAUUUUCUGUGCUGGGAAAUAGUUUUAGUGGUACUAAUGUAACCUCUUCUCUGAAUGUCUGGUAGUAUUCUCUAGUGAAGCCGACUGGGCUAGGGAUUUUUUUUGUUGAGAGUUUUUUUUAUUACCUCUUAAACCUCUUGUUAUGGGUCUGUUCAGUUUUCGUACGUCAGUUUGUAUUAGUUUAGGUAGGUAGUGUGUUUCUAAAAAUUUGUACAUUUCCUCUAGGAUUCCAAAUUUGUUGGAGUACAAUUUUUUUGUGGUAUUCUGUUAUGAUCCUUUUUAUUUUAGUUGGUUCUGUUGUUAUGUCACCCAUCUCAUUUCUUAUUCAGGUUAUUUGCUAUCCUGUCCAUCUCUUCUUUUCUCAAAAUGGGCAGUGGUUUGUUGAUUUUGUUAAUCCUUUCAAAGAACCAGCUUCUGGUCUUGUUGAUUCUUUCUAUUGUUUUUCUGUUCUCUGUUUCAUUUAUUUGUUCUCUAAUUUUUAUUAUUUACUUUCUUCUGGUGACUAUAGUCUUCUUUUGCUGCUGUCUUUCUGUUUGUUUGAGCUAUAGGGUUAAUGUUUUGAUUUUGGCCCUUUCUUUUUGGAUGUGUGCAUUUAGUGGUAUAAAUUGACCUCUGAGCACCGCUUUUGCAGCGUCACAAAGGUUUUGGUAAGACGUGUUCUCAUUCUCAUUUGAUUCCAGGAAUUUUUUGAUUUCCUCUUAGAUUUCUUCUGUUAUCCAGUGGUUUUUAAGCAAGGUGUUAUUCAAUUUUCAUGUAUUUGAUUUUCUUCCCUUGCUAUUCCUGUUAUUGAUUUCUACUUUUUUGUUGUUGUGAUCAGAGAAUAUGCUUUGUAUUAUUUUGAUGUUUGGGAUUUUGUUAAGGCUUUCUCUGUGGCCUAAAAUGUGAUCUAUUCUGGAUAAUGUUCCAUGUGCAUUGGGAAAGAAUAUAUACUUUGCUCCUAUUGGGUGGAGUGUUCUGUAUAUACCCAUGAAGUAAGUUGGUUGUCUGUGGCAUUUAGAUCUUCUGUAUCUUUCUUGACUUUCUUUCUAGAUGGUCUGUCCUUUACAGAAAGUGAUGUGUUGAAGUCUCCUUCUAUUAUGGUUGAACUGUCUUUUUCUCUUUUCAAUGCUGUUAGAGUUUCUUUUAUGUAUUUUGAAGCCAUGUCAUUGAGUGCAUAUAUAUUUAUUAUGGUUAUGUCCUCCUGGUGGAUUGACCCUUUAAUCAUUAUAUAAUGUCCUUAUCUUCCAUGCUGGAUUUUGCCUUAAAAAUCUAUUUUAUCAGAGAUUAAUAUUGCUACUUCUGCUGUUUUUUGGUUAUUGUUUGCUUGAUGUAUUUUUUUCCAUCCUUUGAGUUUUAGUUUAUUUGUGUCUUUUGUGACUAAGUUUUAUCUCUUAUAGGCAGCAUAUUGAUGGAUCAUGUUUUUUAAUCCAUUCUGCCACUGUGUCUCUUUACUGGUGUAUUUAAGCCAUUUACAUUCAGUGUGAUUAUCGAUAGAUAUGAGUUAAACUACUGCCAUUUUGUUGUACUUUUUUUUGUGUGGCAUUGACAGCUUCUUUGUUCUACUAAAUUUUCUGUGCUGAAUUCUUUAUGUAUAUGGAUUUUUUUUUUUCAUUUCUCUCACUGUUAUUGAUUUUGUGUUUACUGAGUCUUUAUGUUUUUCUUCUUUUUCAUUUUGAUGAGUAGGUUCUUUGUGGCUACCUUGAAAUUUACCUAUAUCUUCCAAAGGUUAAACCAGUCUAUUUCUUCUUUUUUUACAAGUUAUCAAGUCUUUUCAUCAGUUACCAUAAUCAUGCCAAGAUCAUUUAAACAGGGUCUUGCCCACGCAAUUUGUACCAGUCCCACUUGGCCUCAGAGUCUCUGUUAGCCAAGACAUACAACCAUUGGCAAGAUGAGAAUGCCCAGAAGUGACAUGGCAUCUUUGCCUGCCUUGGUCUUGGGAAAACUCUGCAAAUUUUCUUCUGUUAGCAUGUCCUUCUGCAAGCUGGCAAACCCUGAGCCCAGACACUCAAAGCUGUGUCCCUGCAAUGCACUGAAGAACUUGCUGCAAGCUUUCUGGAUCAAAAGACAAGCACAGCUCGGAUCAUAUACUGCCAGCAGAUGGGAUACUCAUUCAUAUGCUUGCCAUACUUGGCACAGGUUACCAUGUGGCCACACUCCAGCAGAACACAGUCAGUGGGUGAAUACAUGCAGAUCUUACACAGGUUCUCCUCCAGGCCAGGUGGCACUGCUUCCUCAUUUUGAUCUUCAACACCACACACCAGGUGCUGGAGUCCUUUCUGGUCUUUGUACAGCCAUAUCACCCUUUCUAUCCGCUCCCACUUCUUACAGCAGCUCUUGUAGUUUGCAGGUCUUGCAGGGCAGGUGAGGGUAUAGCUGGCAUUUCUGGUAAAAUGAUGUAUCUGUCUGGCCAGUCACCUGCCUGUGGGUGCAGAGGGCAUAUUCCCUCAUCGCUGGGUUGGAUGUUGUGUGUGCGCCCUGCUGAUUGCUGAGUGGUUAGGGCAAGGGUGCCUGGGGUGUCCAGUCACCAGGUGGGUGGUGACUGGAGCGGGCACAAGCCUCCAGUUGCAGAGGAGGAUGUGAUGCAGGGGGAAUGUCAUCUGAUCAUGGGUGAACAGGUUAAGGGUGUGCCCCUGUCCAUUAGAGCGCAUCCUGGGGGAGGUUGUGCAGCCAGUCUUUGGGCCCCUGGUGCAGGUGGCUGUAGGGAGUAGGAGUCAUCAUGGUCCACAGGUCCCUGGCAUGGGAGGUUAGAGGGACUGAGAGGCACCAUGGUCCUCAGGCCCCUAGCAUGGGUGGCUGGAGGAAGUAGGAGGAACCACUGGCCCUUGGGCCCCCAGCUAGGAUGGCCAGAAGGAGUAGGAGGAACCAUUAGCCCUCAGAUCCCCAGCAUGGGUAACUGGAGGAAGUAGGUGGCACCAUUGGUCCUCAAGCCCCUGGUGCAGUUGGCUGGAGGGAGUAGGAGGCACCACUGAUCCUCAGGUCUCUGACAGAGGUGGCUGGAGGGAGUAGGAGGCACCACUGGCCCUUCGGCCCCUGGCCAGGAUGGUAGGAAGGAGCAGGAGACACUGCUGGCCCUCAGGUCCCUGGCACAUGUGGCCAGAGGGAGUAGGAGGCUUCGCCAGCCCUCAGGUCCCUGGCAUGGGUGGCUACAGGGAGUAGGAGGUAUCACUGGCCCUUGGGUCCCCAGCAUAGGUGGGUGGAGGGAGUAGGAGACACUGCAGAUCUGUGGGCCCCCAGUGCAGGUGGCUGAGUGGAGGGGCAGAUGCUUCCAGUUUGUGGGCUCUCAGCUUAGGAGGCAGGGUGGUGGUGGGUGAUUCUGAACUACAAUAAUGUGCAGGGAGUGGGGGUGGGUGAGGAGGGUGGGUUGGGGGCUCCCACAGGCCUCUGGCAUGGGGGGCUGGGGUGGGCGUGGUGGGUGGAGUAUGUGCACUUAACUUUUACAGGGUGGGAAGCACUCCUGCCUGGCUUUGGAUGUGAGCACAGAGCUGCUCCUGCUUGGCUGCACCAGGUGAUGGGGGUUUUGGCUGGAAAUGCUGCUUGCUUUGUCUCAGUAUGGCUGCACUGUACAGGUUUGGCUAGCAGGGUGCCAGCAAUCUGUACUUCUUUGCGUCUGUUAUUUUUGUACUGUCUCUCCUGUGCUUGGCACUCAGUCUGAUUCUUCAACCUUGUCUUUGAUGCUCAGGGUUCCAAAUUCGUCACCUGUAUCCGAUUCACUUGUUUUCUUGGGUCUUUGUUGUAAGAGGGAUAUUGUGAAGCAUCUGAUUAUUCUGUCAUACUGGACUUCAGCAAAAUUUUACUUGUGUGUGGUAUCAAUGAUAUUGUUCGAUAAUUUCUACAUUCUGGUGGAUCACCUUUCUUUGGAAUGGGCACAAAUAUGGGUCUCUUCCAGUCGGUUGGCCAGGUAGCUGUCUUCCAUAUUUCUUGGCAUAGAUGAGUGAGCACUUCCAGUAUUGCAUCUGUUUGUUGAAAUAUGUCAAUUGGUAUCCUGUCAAUUCUUAAAGCCUUGUUUUUCACCAGUGCUUUCAGUGCAGCUUGGACUUCUUCCUUCAGUUCCAUCACUUCUUGAUCAUAUGUUACCUCCUGAAAUGGUCGAACAUGGACCAAUUCUUUUUGGUACAGUGACUCUGUGUAUUCCUUCUUUUGAUGCUUCCUACUUCGUUCAAUAUUUUGCCCACAGAAUCCCUCAGUAUUGCAACUCAAGGCUUGAAUUUUUUCUUCAGUUCUUUCAGCUUGAGAAAUGCUGACCGUGUUCUUCCCUUUUGGUUUUCUAACUCCAGGUCUUUGCACAUGUCAUUAUAAGACUUUGUCUUCUCGAGUUGCCCUUUGAAAUCUUCUGUUCAGCUCUUUUACUUCAUUAUUUCUUCCAUUCACUUUAGCUACUUUAUGUUUAAGAGCAAGUUUCAGAGUCUCUUCUGACCUCCAUUUUUUUCUGUUUCUUUCCUGUCUUUUUAAUGGCCUUUUGCUUUCUUUAUGUAUGAUGUCCUUGAUGUCAUCCCAUAACUAUUCUGGUCUUCAGUCAUUAGUGUUCGAUGUGUCAUAUCUAUUCUUGAGAUGGUCUCUAAAUUCAAGGGGAUAUACUCAAGGUUGUACUUGAGCUGUCAUGGACUUCUUUUAGUUUUCUUCAGCUUUAGCUUGAACUUGCGUAUGAGCAGCUGGUAGUCUGUUCUGCAGUCAGCCCCUGGCUUUGUUCUGACUGAUGAUAUGCAACUUCUCCCUCAUCCUUCCACAGAUGUAGUCGAUUUGAUUCCUGUUUAUUCCAUGUGGUGAGGUCCACGCAUAUAGUUGCUGUUUAUGUUGUUGAAAAAAGGUAUUUGCAAUGAGUAAGUUGUUGAUCUUGUAAAACUCUAUCAUAUAAUCUCAAGUGUCAUUUCUGUCACCAGAGCCAUAUUUUCUAACUACCAAUCCUUCAUUUUUGUCUCCAAAUUUUGCAUUCCAAUCACUAGUAAUUAUCAAUGCAUCUUGAUUGCAUAUUUGAUCAAUUUCAUACUGCAGAAGUAGGAAAUCUUCAAUUUCUUCAUCUUUGGCAUUAGUAGUUGGUGCAUAAAUUAAUGGUUGUCAUAUAAGUUAUUAUUCAAAUUAUUUAAAUAUUUUAAUAGUCAUAGUACUAUAUAGUAAUACUGUGCAGCUCUCAAGGAUGGGUAAGUGUAAGGGCCUUCUACCUCCACAGUAGAUAAUCCCAUACUCUACCAUGAUGUGGACUCCUUCACUGCCACUUGUUCUCUCCACUAACCCUGCCCUUACUACCAUUGCUUUUCGAUUGUUCUGCGUAGCAAAUAGAUUAAGAAGCUAACAAAUUUAAAGUUACACCCAAUUCUAAAUCAAUAGACUGAAGCCUAAGAAUAUGUACCUUGUGACCUGCCAAAUAUGUCAGAUAAAUGGGCCGAUGUUAAACCCGGUUUAGUAAGCCCUGUGGAGGCUGGACUCUGCUGGUCUUUCCUUCUGCACACUAGCUGAUGUUUUUAUACUGUAUCUGAGCUAUCUACAGCUCUUUGCAGGUGGACCUAAUACAUGCAUACAAACUAGUGUAACUGGUGAAUAAUACCUAACUUCAUUCAUUAUAUUUAACAACUCUGAAUAGAAUUUGCUGUGAAUAGAGUUCUUACACACACACACACGCAUACACACACAGCGCAGUGGUUAAAAGCUUGGCUGCACGGCUGUUCGAAUCUGCUAGCCACUCCUUGGAAGCCCUAUGGGACAGUUCUGCUCUGUCCUGUAGGGUUGCUAUGAAUCAGAAUUGACUCAAUGGCAAUGGCAAUGGAUUUAUAUUUAUAUUUAUAUCAUGGAUUGAAUUGUGUCCCCCAAAAAUAUGUAUUGUAAAUCUUAACCUCUAUGCCUGUAGUUAUAGUACCAUUUGGGAAUGGGUUGUCCUUGUUAUGUUAAUGAGGCAGAAUUAGUGUAGGAUUUAUCCUCAAUCUUUUGAUAUAUAAAAGAGAUUAAAUAAGCAAGCCAGAGAAGCAGAGAUGGGGUAAGAUAGGAAACAGGAAGCAGAAGCUGAAGACACAAGGAACUUCCUCCAGACCCAACAGUGACAGAAAGCUUUCCCCUAGAGCUGGCACUCUGAAUUUGGACUUCUAGCCUCCAAUCUGUGAGAAAAUUUGUUUGUUAAAGCCAUCCACUUGUGGCAGAAAUGCUAGAUAACUAAGACCGUGUGUGUGUGCACACGUGCACACGUGUUGGUGGUAGGUGCUCGAGUUGGUUCCGACUCUUAGCAACACUGUGUACAAAGGAACAGAACACUGACUGGUCCUGUGCCAUGUUUGAGCCCAUUGUUGCAGCCACUGUGUCAAUCCAUCUAUUUCACUGAUCUACUUUACUAAGCUGUCCUUCUCCAGGCACUGAUCACUCCUGAUAACAUGUCCAAGGUAAGUGAGUCUACGUCUCAUCAUCUUCACGUCUAAGGAGUAUUCUGGCCAUAUUUCUUCCAAGACAAAUUUGUUUGUUCUUUUGGCAGUCCAUGAUAUAUUCAAUAUUCUUUGCCAACACCAUAAUUCAAAGGCAUCAAUUCUUCUUCAGUCUUUCAUAUUCACUGUCCAGCUUUCAUAUGCAUAUGAGGCGACUGACAAUACCAUGGCUUGGGUCAGGCCCACGUUAGUCCUCAAAGUGACAUCUUUGCUUUUUAACAUUUUAAAGAGGUCUUUUGCAGCAGAUUUGCCAAUGCAAUACGUCAUAUAAUUUCUUGACUGCUGCUUCCAUGGGCAUUCAUUGUGGAUCUAAGUAAAAUGAAAUCCUUGACAACUUCAAUUUUUUACUGUUUUUAUAAUGAUGUUGCUUGGGGCCCUGGUGGUGCAGUGGUUAAAGAGAUCAGCUGCUAAUCAAAAUGUUGGCAGUUCGAAUCCACCAACUGCACCUUGGAAACCCUAUGGGGCAGUUCUACUCUGUCCUAUAGGUUACUAUGAACUGGAGUCAACUUGAUGGCAAUGGGUUUCUUUUUGGUUUGCUAUGAUGUUUAUUGGUCCAGUUGUGAGAAUUUUCAUUUUAUGUUAAAGUGUAAUCCAUAUUGAAGGCUAUAAUCUUUGAUCUUCAUCAGUGAGUGCUUCAAGUCUUCUUGGCUUUUAGCAAGCAAGGUUAUAUAAUCUGCAUAUUGCAGGUGGUUAAUGAGUCUUCUUCUAAUCCCGAUGCCCGUUCUUCUUAUAGUCCAGCUUCUCAGAUUAUUUGCCCAACAUUCAGAUGGAAUAAGUAUGAUGAAAGGGUACAACCCUGACACACACCUUUUCUGACUUUUAAACCAUGCAGUAUCCCCUUGUUCUAGUCCAAUGACUGCCUCUUGGUCUAUGUAUAGGUUUCUCAUGAGCACAAUUAAGUGUUCUGGAAUUCUCAUUCUUCAUAAUGUUAUCCAUAAAUUUGUUGUGAUCCACACAGUUGAAUACCUUUGCAUAUUCAGCAAAACAUAGGUAAACAUCUUUCUGGUAUUCUCUGCUUUCAGCCAGGAUCCAUCUGGCAUCAACAAUGAUAUAUAUAUAUAAUUUUUAACAAUCAAAAAUAAUGUCCAUUGUUCUAACCAUAAAAAUCACCCUCAUGAAAAGGAAUAUCUUUAUAUUUUGUAAAUAUAUCUUUACCUUUUUUAUUGUACAUACUCACCAGGUCUGGUCAUGUUCUCUUCAGUUCGCAAAGGAGCAUUCGUUACACGUGUGCUGUGUACUUGAUACUUGGCGAGUUUCUGGGCAGGUAGGGGAUGGGGAUGGUGGGACAAAGAUGAGUAAUACUCUUACAAAGUCUGCCGGGGAAAGAACACAAACAAUUUGAAUAUAGGAUGGUGCAGUAACUUGGAAGAGGGGUGCUGAGCUCAACCUGAGGACUUCAAAGGAAAGAGGUGAUCCUGAUUGGUGAGUAACCAGGUAAAUGAAGGUGGGAAGAACCUUUCAGGCAUAAUGAGCUGUGUAAAUAAAGGCACUGUGAUGUGACUUGAUAUUAUGUGGGGAACUCCUGAUUUCCAAAGAAGAGACAAGACAGGUAGGAUGCGGGCUGUGUUAAGCAGGGUAUAUCUUGGUGAGGAGCUUGAGCAGUGGGAAGCCAUGACAUGAUCCAAGGAGAGGUCUGGAGCCUUUGGGUUGAAUAUCUGACAAAACCUAGCCAGCCACCCAAUGGGGAAAAUUGUUCCUCUUCUAGAUUUAAGAUUAGUGGAGAUAAAAUUUCAUGGUUGAGAAAGUUAGGGGUCACUGAGGAAGAAAAAAAGACCAAACCCAUUGCUGUAGAGUCAAUUCUGACUCAUAGCAACCCUUUAGGACAGAGGAGAACUGCCCCUAGAGUUUCCAAGGAGUGCCUGGUGGAGACCAAAUGCCGACCUUUUGGUUAGAAGAUGUAGCACUUAACGACUACACCACCAGGCUUUCACACUGAGGAAGAGAAUACACAAUUUGUUGACUUGCACAUGUAAAGGGAGCCCAUGGUUGAAAGCUGGGCUUUUAAAUAGUGCAGACCUAGCUUUAUUUCCCAUUGGGUUGCUUUACUAGCAAGGGAAUCUUGAGCAAGCAACCUAAGCUCUUUGCAUCUAUAAAACAGACUGCAACAAAACCUAUCACCCACAGUGUGAGGGGAUAAAAAUGAGACCCUUAGUGCAGUGUUCAAUGCUAGUACGCACUCUGCUCAGUAAGAAGUAAUUAUUUGGCUGGGGUAAAGAAUCUAACAUAAAACCUACAGAGCCCACUCUGGAGGGGAGGAAGCCAGGACUGAACACCUGUCUUUGGUUUAACCCACUGGAACCCGUGCCCCUGACAGUGGUGAUCUUCAGUUGCCCAAAAAGACCGCCAAGGAUCUGCCUAAACUGGGGCGGGGACCUCUGGGGGAAGUUGGCAGAUGCGUAGGGAAGAGAAGCUGAGCCUUGGCCUCAGAAACUGGCGAAACUCUUCGAUGCCUUCUAUUUAAAGUCGCAGGGCUCGCCCGCCCCCGGGCCGGGAACCCGAGCCGCCCCCGCAGGGCAGGACAGGGCAGGGGCCAGAGGCGCAGUCAGAGGGAGAACACCAGGCGGGCGCGGGCGGCUCCGGCUGUAGUUCCGGCCCGGGACAGGCGAGAUGGCGAGCAGCGACAGCAACCACGCCUUGGGGAGCUUCAGCUCGGAGGAGGACGAGGAGGCGACCCGGGAGCUGGAGGCGGAGGAGGAGUCAGAGGGCGAGGAGGACGAGACGGCCGUGGAGACGGAGGAGGAGCCCGACGCCAGAUUAUCAGACCAGGAUGAAGAGAGCAAGAUCAAGCAGGAGUGUAUCAUUUCCGACCCCUCCUUUUCCAUGGUGACAGUUCAACAGGAAGAUAGUGGAAUAACCUGGGAAACCAAGUCAAGUAGGUCUUCCACUCCCUGGGCCUCGGAAGAAAGUCAGACUUCUGGUGUAUGUAGUCCAGAAGGGUCGACUGUGAAUUCUCCUCCAGGGAGUGUUUCAUUUAUUGUGGAUGAAGUUAAAAAGUCUCGGAAAAGAACACGUAAGUCAAAACAUGGCUCACCAUUAUUGCAUCGAAAAGGCAACAAAAAGAGACAUUCUUUUGAAUCCCAAGAUGUUCCAGUAAACACAAAAGACAAUCCUUUAAUUUCAGAAAGCCAAGCACUAAAAACCAAGAAAAACAAGUCAUCUGUUGGUAUUUACGAUAAAACAAGAAAAAAGAAAACUGCCUCAAAUACACCUCCUAUUACUGGAGCAAUAUACAAAGAAUACAAACCAUUAGUGUUAAGGCCAGUCUACAUAGGAACAGUUGAAUAUAAAAUUAAGAUGUUUAAUUCAGUUAAAGAAGAAUUAAUUCCUCUACAGUUUUAUGGAACAUUGCCAAAGGGUUAUGUAAUUAAAGAAAUACAUUAUAGGAAAGGGAAAGAUGCAUCCAUUAGUCUAGAGCCAGAUUUAGGCAAUCGUGAUUCUAAUACAGCUUCCAAAACAGGCAAAUUAGUAACCCAAAUCAUAAAAGAGGAUAAAGAAAACAAGUUUGCUCCACCCCGGAUAGGUGCGCCCUCCAAAGGAUCAAAAUCCUUAACCUCAUUGUUCAGUAAUGACGAUCAAAAGAAAAUUCAUAUGAAUUCACCCCUAAAUGAAGCAUCUGCAACCAAGCACACAGAUUCAUCUUAUUCAGGUAAUGACACAGCAGAACAAGAAAUACAACUCAGCUCUCAGCAGUCAGUGCCACAACAGCCAGGUUAUGAAGCAAAAACCCAUGAAAUAGCACCUCCCUCUCUUACACCCAAUACAUCUGCAACUGUGUUAUUGGAAAUAGCAAAGAAAGAUUUUGAGCCUGAUUCACAAGUAACUAUAAUUUCAGAGAAUGAUAUAUCAGUCUCACCAUCUUUAGAUGAUGAGGUAAAGAAGGAAGAAGCGUUUUCUGCUGACCAUUCCAUUUCACUGGAGGCAGAGAAGGAUUCUCUGGAGACAGCUUCUCCAGGUCUGGUAGAAUCCAUUCAGCAAGUUUUUGGCACAGAGAAAGAACAGCUGGACUUGACUUCACUAGAAAGGGCAGAACCAGUCUCGGGACAACUGACUUCUCUCCAUCAUGGUAUGAAAGAAGAUAAGGAAGAAAACAUACUUGAGCGGCCCAUUUCUCUUCCUGAACCUCUAGUAUUAGGAGAACCAGAGAAAGGAGAUAAAGAAACUUCCCUACCAAUGGCUGCUACCCCUGAACCUAAAGAUUCUAAUUUUGUAGAAGAAGAGGUCAUAGAACUUGAUUACUCAGAAAGUCCAUUAGUUUCUGAGGAACCCUUUCUACCACGUUUGGCCCCUGAAGUGGGACAGGAAGCAGAGGAGCCCAUUCUACCAUUAGUGACAACAUCAACGCUUGAACAAGUAGUGUUCUCUAAAGAAGAAAGAGAAGAAAAUGAGUCUGUUUCUACUGACUCUGCUUUUGCAUCAGAGUAUUCAGUCCCACAGGAUUUGAACCAUGAACUACAGAGGAAAGAAAUUGAGUCAAUUUUUCCACCCAUUGUAAAAGGUAUACCUGAACAUGCAGUUUUGUCAGAAGGGGAAAAUGAGGACUUCGAGCCUUCUUUCCCAGCUAUGACCUCUGUGUCUGAACACUCUUUCACACCAUCUACAACUGAGAAGACUUCUGAAUGUGAGUCCCCACUGUUCUCAAUAGCCACAUCAGAACAAAUGGUCCUUUCAGGAGAAGAGGCCUUAGAAAGUGAGUGUUACACACCAGAUUCCAUAUCUGCUCCUGAAUAUUCAAUUCCAUCACAUGCACCAAAAGAGUCACAGAAAAAAGCAAUUGACCGUAAACCUACAUUAAAAUCAAAAGGUGUUUCUGAGCACCUGAUUCUGUCAGAAGAAGAGAUGGAAGACGCUGUAUCAUAUUUCCCAGAUGUGUCCUCUGUAUCUGAACAUUCUCUUCCACCGUACACAAGUGAGACUCUGGAAUGCCAGUCACCACCACUUUCAACGGCUACAUCAGAACAUGUGGUCUUAUCAGAAGAAGAGGACAUAGGAAGUCAGAAUGUCACAUCAGAUUCACCAAUGACUUCCAAAUAUGCAGUUCCACCAAGUGAAACACAGGAAUCUCAAAAGAUAGUAAUCAAUGAUAUGUCCCAACUCAAAUCAAAAGGUGUUUUUGAACACAUGAUUCUAUCAGAAGAAGAGAAGGAAGACACUGGAUCAUAUUUCCCAGGUGUGUCCUCUGUAUCUGAACAUUCUCUUCCACCGUACACAAGUGAGACUCCGGAAAGCCAGUCACCACCACUUUCAACGGCUACAUCAGAACAUGUGGUCUUAUCAGAAGAAGAGGACAUAGGAAGUCAGAAUGUCACAUCAGAUUCACCAAUGACUUCCAAAUAUGCAGUUCCACCAAGUGAAACACAGGAAUCUCAAAAGAUAGUAAUCAAUGAUAUGUCCCAACUCAAAUCAAAAGGUGUUUUUGAAUACAUGAUUCUAUCAGAAGAAGAGAAGGAAGACACUGGAUCAUAUUUCCCAGGUGUGUCCUCUGUAUCUGAACAUUCUCUUCCACCGUACACAAGUGAGACUCCGGAAAGCCAGUCACCACCACUUUCAACGGCUACAUCAGAACAUGUGGUCUUAUCAGAAGAAGAGGACAUAGGAAGUCAGAAUGUCACGUCAGAUUCAACAAUGACUUCCAAAUAUGCAGUUCCACCAAGUGAAACACAGGAAUCUCAAAAGAAAGUAAUUGAUGAUAUAUCCCAAUUGAAAUCAAAAGGUGUUUUGGAACACAUGAUUCUGUCAGAAGAAGAGAAGGAAGACACUGGAUCAUAUUUCCCAGAUGUGUCCUCUGUAUCUGAACAUUCUCUUCCACCGUACACAAGUGAGACUCUGGAAAUCCAAUCACCACCACUUUCAACUGCAACAUCAGAACAUGUGGUCUUAUCAGAAGAAGAGGACAUAGGAAGUCAGAAUGUCACAUCAGAUUCAACAAUGACUUCCAAAUAUGCAGUUCCACCAAGUGAAACACAGGAAUCUCAAAAGAUAGUAGUCGAUGAUAUGUCCCAACUCAAAUCAAAAGGUGUUUCUGAACACAUCAUUCUAUCAGAAGAAAAGAAGGAAGACACUGGAUCAUAUUUCCCAGAUGUGUCCUCUGUAUCUGAACAUUCUCUUCCACCUUACACGGGUGAGACUCUGGAAUGCCAGUCACCACCCCUUUCAACUGCUACAGCGGAACAUGUGGUCUUAUCAGAAGAAGAGGACAUAGGAAGUCAGAAUGUCACAUCAGAUUCAACAAUGACUUCCACAUAUGCAGUUCCACCAAAUGAAAUACAGGAAUCUCAAAAGAACAUAACUGAUGAUAUAUCCCAAUUAAAAUCAAAAGGUGUUUCUGAAUACAUGACUCCAUCAGAAGAAGAGAAGAAAGACAUUGGACCAUAUUUCCCAGAUGUGUCCUCUGUAUCUGAACAUCCUCUUCUGCCUUACACAAGUAGGACUCCGGAACACCAGUCACCUUCAACUACUCCAUCUGAGCACAUGGUCCUAUCAGAAGAGGAGACAGUAGAAAUGGAGAGGUACACGCCCUCUCUCCCCUCUGCUUCUGAGUUUUCAGUAUCAUCACAUGUAACACAGGAGUCACAGAAGGAAGAAAUUGUCCAAAGAUCUCCUUUAAAUCUAAAAAGCGCCUCUUUACCCAUGAAUUUACCAGAAGAACAAGAAGACAUUGGACCUUUUUCUCCAGAUUCUGCAUUUGCAUCAGAAUUCUCAUUUUCACCCUAUGCAAUUCAGGAAGCAGAGAAGAGAGAAUUUGAGUGUGAUUCUCCAAUAUAUUUAACAUCACCAUCUGAUCGUACUAUUUUGUCAGAUGAAGACACUGAAGAAGCUGAGCUUUUUUCUCCAGACUCAGCAUCACAAGUUUCGAUCCCACCAUAUAGAGUCCCAGAAACAAAGGAGAGUGAAUUAGAGCCUAAUUCACUGUUAACUGCAGUGUCUGCUUCAGAAUACUCUUGUUUUCCAGAAGCAGAUGAGAAAGAAAUUGAAUCAACAGCUUCUACACCUGUACCUGAGCAUCUCAGCUUGUCACAGAAACAGAAAGAUGAACCUUCCCCUGUGAUGUCUACACCUGAAGACUUGAGUCUACCACCUUUAAUGAAUAAAGCAGAGAUGGCAGAAAUUAAACCAGAUGCUCAAACAACCUCAACAUCUGUAUCUGAAUAUCUUAUUUUGGCACAGAAGCAGAAAACUCAAGCAACUUUGGUGCCUGAGUCUGAAGACUUGAUUCUGCCAUAUUUAGCCAAUGAAUUAGAGCAGGGAGAAAUUAAGAUUAGUUCAUCAGUAGCUACAACGCCUGCUUCUUUAUCUGCUGAAUCAUCUAUGGUAAAGGAAGAAGCCAAACCUGUUUUGCCUGCAUCUCAGUAUUCAGUAUCACCAGAUUUAGUCCAUGUGAUUAAGAAAGAACAGCAGCCCACAGGAUCAUUCACUGCAAAAGCUGCAAAUGAACAGAUGGCUAUGUCAAAAGUCAGGAAGGAAGAAACUGUGCCUGAUUCUCAAGCAGCUACAGCACAUGUAUCACAGGAUCAAAAAAUGGAGCCUCAGCUUCCAACUGUUCCAGAGCCUGGGAUGAAAUGUUCAGUUGUGCCAGACUUGGUAGAUGAGCCAAAGGAGGCUGUCAAGCCCAGUUUAACUCCAACUGUGACAUCUGAACUAGAACAGAGAAUGUUGUCAAAGAAUGUGCCUGAAGUAAUAAAACCACAGUCACCUCUAAAGGAAACAUUUUUAUCUGGACCUGAGGCUUCAAAAGCAAUGAAAACAGAAGUUAGACAUGAUUCUAAAAUAACAGUUACACCCCAAGUUCCAUAUUCAUCUUUAUCAGGAGUGGAAAAGGAAGGUGAACAUAGUCCACCUGUAUCAGCACUUUCAGCUUUUCCAGAAGAAAUAAAGAAAGAAAUUGAACCCGGUUCUUCUACAACCAUGACAUCUGUAGCUAAGCAUGAUUCAAGUUUAAUCAAAUUAGCAAAAGAAGAAAUCUCACCAGAUUCACCACUUACCACCCCUGUGGAACAUCCAGUCUUAACAAAAAUAGAAAAGAGUGAAUUAGGAAUUGGCUUGCCACCACCUGUAACAUCAAUAGACAAACCUUCACUUCCCAUAGAAGAAGAAACAAUAGUAGUUGAAGGUGCUUCUUCUCCCACUGAAAAUACUGCAUCCAAAUGUUGGUCAGAAGCAGAGAAGGAAAUUAAAUUUGAUUCACCUCCAAGUGUAUCCUCUAUAUCAGAGCACUCUACUUUUCCAAAGGUAGAAACUGAAGAAAUUAAACCUGGGUUGUCAAUAACCAAAACAUCUUCAUCAGUGCAUUCAGAUGGAUCUAAGGAAGCAAAGGUAGAAAAAGAACAAGACCUUACAUUUUCCGUACUCCUUAACUCUGAACAUUUGAUUUUAUCACAGAGAAAGAACUCCGUGUCUUCCUCAGAGGUACCAGGACUUGAACUUUUGCUUUCACCCAAGCUAGACGGUGAGGUAAAGGAAAAAGAAACUGAACUUCCUUCAUUACAAAAUGUGUCACCUGCACCCCAACAGACAGUUCUAAAAGACAAAAGUGAGGAAAUACCAUGUUCUUCUCUCAAGUUGGAAAACUUAGUGCUAGAAGAUUUAGUCCCAACAUCUACUACAAUGCCUGAAAUUUCACAGAUUUCAUCAUGCAUUGAGGAGGAACCUCAGAAUCAAGAAAUUAAACCUUUCUCUCCUAAGGGUGUUAGUUUAGGGUCAAAAGAAGCACCUACCUCUCUAACUGAAGGAGAAAAUCUAGAAAAUCUUCAACCAUAUACUUUUUCUUUAAAAGGAUUAUCAGAGGAGUUGAACCAUUCAACUGACUUAAAAAAAGAAGAAAAACAAGAAAUAAGUCCAUUACCACCGACAGAAAACGUGAAGUCACAAGUGAUGGGAAAUAUUUUAACUGAACUAAAUGAAGAAACCAGCCAAUCAAACUCAUUCCAUGUACUCCAGAGUAUAACAGAACCAUCAAACAUCCCCUUUGCUGACCUCCUUGUGGAACAAAAGAAGCCUGGAAAAGCACUUUAUUCAGAUAAAUCUGUCAAAUUGCCUGAUGUAAGCAGCUCUUUUGCAGAUAAACAAGAUCUGGGCAGUAAACAACUUUCCUCUAUGAAAGAAAGUUUGCCUUUAGAAGAAUCAAAAGCAUUUGGGACAGCUGAGUUGACAGAUGUUAAAGAAACAAAAACAAAAGAGCCCCUUAUUUAUCCAAAGGAUGAAAACUGGAUGCUGGAAAAGCCAGGAAGAGAUUUGGCCAGUCAUCAUGAAGAAAGAAUACUGGGAUCUGUGCAGCUGGAUUCGUCUGGCAGCGAUGGUCUGAUGACAGGGCAGCUUAAGGCUGCUCUGUCAGAUAAAGAGCAUACAUAUGAAAGCAGAAAGCAGGUUCUGCCACAUUCUCUGGAAAAACUUCGUUUAUCAUUACGAGAGCUCGGAUCUACUCUAGAGAGCUCCAGUGAUAAUGUAGAGACACCAUCAACUAAAACUUACUCUUUUGAAGAAAUAAAGCUGACCCAAGAACCAAAAUCUAUAGUUUCAGCUGGAAACGUAGAGAGAAAUGUAGCAGAGGGAGAGCAGAUCCAUUCUCUUGUGGGGAGUGAAAGUUUGACAUUGGAGAAAGCAAGCACAGGAUUUUCCAGGCCUAACAAAGAAGACAUCCAGGAAGAAGUCAAAUCGCUUUCUGAAAAAAUCCUCCAGAAACCAGUUUCUGGCCCAUCAGUGGAACAGAUCAAGUCAGAAACAACUCCCUCUUCCACCAAAGAAGCCCAUUUUCUAGCAGCUGAUGCAGAAUCUCCUCCAAGUAAUGAAAAAGAAGCACAAAUCACCACAACUCAUUUACCUGGAGAGAAGCCAUUAGAAAAAUCAAAAAUGGUUAACUCAAACGUUGUAGAUGAUGACACACCUACAGUGGAAAUACCCACACAAAGAAAACCCAUCUCCUUAAUCCAAGCUAAUGAGGAACCUAAGCCUCCAGAGUCACCUGAGGUGACACAAAGGCUUCCUGAGCAGCCAAAGACAGUUGAGCCAGCCCUCUCUGAAGGAAAGGGAAAGAAAGGAAUUUCAUCUUUGAAAUCGUGGAUGUCCAAUUGGUUUUUUGGAUCAAGCGUUUCCGAUAACAAAGUUGCCAAAAAAGAAGAUUUAGAAGCUCAGCCAAGUCAAUCUGUAGAAAAAGCAGUGCCUGUGAUAGAACCUAAAGAUAACAUUCUAGCUGUCCCUGCUGAUUUUAGUGCAAUUGAGAAACCUGUUGAUUAUCCAUUACCAGAGGCAAAACUUAUAGCUGCUGAAGAGUCUAAAGCUGCUUUAGUUAAACCUAGUGAAGGUCAAGACUUUAAUGAAAAACCCACAUUUUUACCAAAUGUAGAAGAUUUACAACAGCCAAAUUCCAACACUGAGGCAUCUAGUAAAGGUUAUGGGAAGAAAGAAACCCUAGACUAUCUAGAAGAAAUGGACAUAAACUCAGGAGUUAUAUCUGCUGAUGGUGAGGAACAUCUUGGAAUUCAAACCUGUUCCCUCAUGGAUGAGAAAUCAGUUGUGAGAGAAGCCAAACAUGAGGUUCCUCUUCACGUCACUGAUAGUAAAAGAGUCCAGAAGCCAGCAAUCGCUCCUCCUUCUACAUGGAAAAUUUCUAUUCUUAAUGAAGAGUCAAGAAGUGAUCAAAAAGAAGAACUACCCUUUUCAUUUGUUGCAGUAGAUAAGGUGCUACAACAGCCAAAAUCUGCUUCAUCCAACUUCACAAGUAAAAAUGUCACGAAGGAAUCAGAGAAGCCAGAGUCAAUAAUUUUGCCAGUGGAAGAAUCAAAAGGCAGUUUAACUGAUCUUGGUGAAGACAGACUAAUGAAAGAAAUGCCAAAGUCUACUUUCUUGAACAUUUCUGAAGAGGAAAUAAAACUCGGUUCUGUUAGCCCAACUAAGGAAAAAGAUAACUUAGAAACCAGAUCAUAUUCCUUGGCAGAAAAGAAGGUGCUGGCAGAAAAACAAACUCUGGCCCCAGUAGAGCUUAAAGAUAAUAAUGAAAUACAAAAGGCACAAGUCAUACUUGAAUCUAGACCUAUUAAAUUAGAAGAAUCAAAAGCUGCUGCUAUGCUACAAGUCUGUCGAAAUGAAGACCACAAAGAAAGAUCCAAAAUUAUUGUUGGUUCUGAGGAGGACAAAGGAAAAGAAAGAGAAAAGUGGUCACAUGUACUUUCAGAAGAAAAAAAGCAGCAGGAAAUCCUGCCUUCUUCUGUGAAUGCAGCCCAGUCUAUGCUUGAAGAGUCAGGUAUCUCUUUAGGUGGUUCUUUGGAUGAAACUCAACCAUUUUCAUUAGUUAAAACCACAUCAAUUAUUGAAAAAUCACAAACCAUGCUCUCAGAGGCUCGUCCAGAAAUCAGGGAAACAAAGGCAAUAAUAGAAACUCAGCCACAUCCAUUAGAAGAAAGGAAAAUUUUGGUGGAAAAACCCAAGACUUUCAUUCCAGUGGAUCUUCCUUAUCAUGAUGAAAUAGAUAACCAGUCUUUACCUAAGGAAAGCAAUCUGGUAUUGGAAAAGUCAGGCAGGGACAUGGCAGGUCACAAUGAAGAAAAGGGACAGUUCACAUUGUCAGAGCUGUCAAAAGGUGGUUCAGCAGAUGUCACAAAGGAAAGUAUGAAGCAAGGAUCUUCAUUUAAAGAAUCUGAAAGGACUAUAGAUAUUCCUUUAGAUGAAACAAAGAGCUUAGAAAUACUGCCAUAUUUGUCGUCAUCUGUAAAACAACAAACACUUGUUUCAGGAGCUUCUCCAGAAACAUGUACAGCAAAGAAACAAGAAAGACCACAGUCAGAAUUGACUCAAGAUAGGCCUACAAUCCAUACUAUUCAAACAUCCAAAGAUCAUAUACCUGAUAUGCCUAAACAAUCUGUUUUUGUUUCAAAGCACCAUUUGGAGGCUAAAGAAGAUGUCCAUGUAAAUGAACCACAUGUUUUAGAAAGCAGCAACUAUACUCAAUUUAUAAUGAAUGCAUCAGCAAUCAACACUGAUAAAACUGUUCUUACUAAAGAAAUAUUCAAGGAGCCUGAAGACACAAAUGCAAAAGAUGAAUUUACAGCGACUAGUAAGCCAGCUGGACUUUCAGAAGAUCAAAAGAGUGCCUUCAGUAUCAUUUCUGAAGGUUGUGAGAUAUUGAAUAUUCAUGCUCCUGCAUUUAUUUCUUCAGUUGAUCAGGAAGAAAGUGAACAAAUGCAAGAUAAGUUAGAAUAUUUGGAAGAGAAAGCCUCACUUAAAACCAUACCACUUCAUGACAAUAGUGAGGAAAUUACUUGCCAUAAAACAUUAAAGAGCAAGUUAGAAGAUUCUGAUGAAAAAGUUACAUUAUUGAAAGGAAAUAAACAAAAGGAAACUCGUAAAACAAAAGAGGAAAUAUCCACAGAUUCAGAAGAUAGUGAUUUAGCCUUUAUCCAGCCCACAAUUCCUAGUGAGGAGGAUUAUUUUGAAAAAUACACUUUGAUUGAUUAUAACAUCUCCCCAGACCCAGAAAAACAGAAGGCACCACAGAAAUCACAUGAUGAAGGGGAAUUCUCAAAGGAAGUUUCAGGGGAAAUUAUCUCUUUCCCAGAAAGUUCAGAGGAAAGUGCCCUAGAACAUGAAUAUGACUUGGUGGAAUUGGAUGAAAGUUUUUAUGGACCAGAAAAGGAUCACAGCAAAUUAUCUCACCCAGAAACCGAAAAGUCUUUGGUUAUCCAAAAAUCAGCUGACAGAGAUGCUCCAAAGGGCUUAAAUAGAGAUGUGGACUCAAAGUCACCAGGGAUGCCUUUAUUUGAUACAGAGGAAGGUGUUUUGUCACGAACUCAGAUAUUUCCUACCACUGCAAAACUUAUUAAUCCAGAACUUUUGGAGGAGACACCUGCACUUGCAUUUUUAUACAAAGACUUGUAUGAAGAAGCAGUUGGAGAGAAAAAGGGGGAAGGGGAGACAGUUUCUGAAGGUGACAGUGUGAAUUCUGAGGCAUCAUUUCCAAGCAGAAAUUCUGACACCGAUGAUGGAACAGGAAUAUAUUUUGAGAAGUACAUACUCAAAGAUGACAUUCUCCAUGACACAUCUAUAACUCAAAAGGACCAAGGCCAAGAUCUGGAACAAAAACCAAUUAGUAAGGAUGAUUCAUACCAACCACUAGCUGCAGAAGGAGAAAUUUGGGGGAGGUUUGGAACCAUUUUGGGGGAGAGAAGUCUGGAAGAGGAACAGAAAGCUGUUUGCAGGGAAGAAGGAUCAGUAGGCUAUGUGGAGACACUUGACCAUUUAGAGAUGCAGAGGAAAGCUCCCAUCACUGAGGAAGUCUUGGUGGUUACCCAGAAGAUAAGCUAUGCUGUUCCAUUUGAAGACACCCAUAAUGUCCUAGAGAGAGUAGAUGAAACUAGUGGUGUGAGUAAUGAAGCAGGAAAUACAACUCCAGAGGUCAAUCUGAAUGUCCCAGUACAAGUGUCCUUCCCAGAGGAAGAAUUUGCAUCUGGUGCAACUUAUGUUCAAGAAACACUGCAAGAAGAACCUAAGAUGGUCCCACCUGAGCCACAUGAAGCUAGGCUCCGCAAUAGCCCUGUUCAAGAUGACUAUGAGUUUGCUGAAUCUCUGAAUUACGAAGUGGUCACUGAAGACAUUUUAUCGGAAGGACUGUGUUCAGACACCACACCUGAAGAUGUGUUAUCUCAAGGAAAGGAAUCCUUUGAACACAUCAGUGAAAAUGAACUUGUGAGGGAUGUAGAGCAAAGUAUGUCUGCUGAACGGAAAGACUUAGGCAGAGGGAGGACAGAAGAAGACCAAUUAUUGCCAGAUUUAGGAACUGAGAAGGCACAAAAGGAACCGAAAAAGUCCCAGAUUGACACAUAUUGUUACACUUGCAAAAGCCCAAUUGCAGCAAGUGACAAGAUAUCUGGCAGUCACAAAGACCAUGAGGUUUCAUCGCUUGACACAGCUAUAAGUGCUGUAAAGGUUCAAUUAGCAGAAUUUCUAGAAAAUUUACAAGAAAAGUCCUUGAGGAUUGAAGCCUUUGUUAGUGAGAUAGAAUCCUUUUUUAAUACCAUUGAGGAAAACUGUAGCAAAAAUGAGAAAAAGCUAGAAGAACAGAAUGAGGAAAUGAUGAAGAAGGUUUUAGCCCAGUAUGAUGAGAAGGCCCAGAGCUUUGAGGAAGUAAAGAAGAAGAAGAUGGAGUUCCUGCACGACCAGAUGGUCCAUUUUUUGCAGAGCAUGGAUACUGCCAAGGAUACCCUAGAAACUGUCGUGAGAGAAGCAGAGGAGCUGGAUGAGACUGUUUUCCUGACUAACAGUAGGUUGCUUUCUGCAAUGGAGAGCACUGCUUCUUUAGAGAACAUGCCUGCUGCGUUUUCCCUUUUUGAGCAUUAUGAAGACCGCGCGGCAAGAAGUGACCAGAUGCUAAAACAAGUGGCUGUUCCACAGCCUCCUAGAUUAGAACCUCAGGAACCAAAUUCUGCCACUAGCACAACGAUCACAGUUUAUUGGAGCAUGAACAAGGAAGAUGUCAUUGACUCAUUCCAGGUUUACUGCAUGGAGGAGCCACAAGAUGACCAAGAAGUAAAUGAAUUGGUGGAAGAAUACAGAGUGACAGUGAAAGAAAGCUACUGCAUUUUUGAAGAUUUGGAACCUGACCGAUGUUAUCAAGUAUGGGUAAUGGCUGUGAACUUCACUGGAUGUAGCCUUCCCAGUGAAAGGGCAAUUUUUAGGACAGCACCCUCCACCCCUGUAAUCCGCACUGAGGACUGUACCGUGUGUUGGAACACGGCCACUGUCCGAUGGCGGCCUGCCAACCCAGAGGCCACGGAGACCUACACUCUGGAGUAUUGCAGACAGCACUCUCCUGAGGGUGAGGGUCUCAGGUCUUUCUCUGGAAUUAAAGGACUCCAGCUGAAAGUUAACCUUCAACCCAAUGAUAAUUAUUUUUUCUACGUGAAAGCCAUCAAUGCAUUUGGGACAAGUGAGCAGAGUGAAGCUGCCCUCAUUUCCACCAAAGGAACCAGGUUUCUAUUGCUGAGAGAAACGGCUCACCCUGCGCUGCAAAUUUCCUCUAAUGGGACAGUGAUCAGCUUUGCUGAGAGACGACGGCUGACAGAAAUCCCAUCAGUGCUAGGCGAGGAGCUGCCUGCCUGUGGCCAGCAUUACUGGGAAACCACGGUCACAGACUGCCCAGCUUAUCGACUUGGCAUCUGCUCCAUCUCGGCUGUACAGGCUGGUACCCUGGGACAAGGGGAGAGCUCAUGGUACAUGCAUUGUUCUGAGCCACAGAGAUACACAUUUUUCUACAGUGGCAUUAUGAGUGAUGUCCAUGUGACCGAGCACCCAGCCAGAGUGGGCAUUCUGCUGGACUACAACAACCAGAGACUUCUAUUCAUAAAUGCCGAGAGUGGACAGUUGCUCUUCACCAUUAGGCACAGGUUUAAUGAGGGCGUGCACCCUGCUUUUGCCCUAGAGAAACCUGGAAAAUGUACAUUGCACCUGGGGAUAGAGCCCCCUACUUCUGCAAGGCACAAGUAAUCAUUUGCUUUCAGAGUCUAGAAGAGCAGUAAUUCAAAUUCCGGGGGUCUGUUGCUAUUUCCACUGGGUGUUGUACAUUGUUCAACAAAUCUCCCACACAUUCGCACUCCUGAUUGCUACAUACACAGUGACAGCACGUGAGCAAACCACCCAGAAAACCUGGACUGUAUGAGUAGUGUGUGAGUGAAGAGGGUGCUAAAAACAUCCUCCACCCUUUGGUACAUAUAUGUUUGAGUUGCUUCCUGGAUUAAAAGAAUUAACACUUGACUUGGGAACCAAAAUAGAGACACAGCUUCCACCUGUUCUAUUGGUAAAAGAAACCCUCUGAUGAAUGGGGCUGAGGGAAGGGACGAUUGUGUUAGUAAUACCUCUCCUCUGACACACAAAACUGACUCUUCCACAGGAAAAGUGCCACCACACUUCACUAAAGGACGAUGAAUCCUAGUCACUGGCGAAUAGUGCACACUGAGAAGGUGUUGUAACUGUGCUGAGUUUAUAAUGAACUCUUUUGUAAUAAUGUAUACUGUAGGACACGAGUUUCUUCUCUCAAAUUUCAAAUGUAGAAAAAUGCUUGCUGUUAGAAAUUCCCAUUUUGUUUAAUAAAUGGUUAGAGUGUAUAAAACAAAACAUGUUAUGUGAACUUAUUAGCCAAUAUGAGUAAUUCACCAGUCUAGUAUCUUGGGACUGGGACGAAUUGCAGAGUUCCUGUUGUAAAUAACUGUCACACCUCAGUGGGUUGUGCUAUCAUGGAUUUUCACAUGAGAAUUAUAGACAUAUACAUUUUAAAAUCUAAAACAGUAUCAGCCCAUAUUUCUAGUCAACUGCCAGAAGCAGAGAAUCUCUUUUUGCUAAAAUAAAAUUGUUGGUCAUUUUUAGAUAUUACUUUGAAAUCUCUCAAAAUCUUCCUAAAAUGUGUGUGUGAAGUUCAUAAAUCUAGAAUGCAUUUUGAGAACACUGCUCUUAUUUUCUAAAAUCUAAAGACUUUGGUCCUAUUUAUAUUUUGUUUUUUUACAUUAUGAGUUGAGUUGUUUCUUGAAUCCAGAAGCAAUAUCUGACUUUUUAGAUAUAUUCUAAAAAGCUACUGUUUAAUAGAAAACCGAAACUGAAUCUAUAUCUGCACCCAUUAGAAUAGAGCACCUUUAAAACCGUCAUCACCCUGCUUUGAAAUUAUGGCUGCUUCUGGCAAGAUGCAUGCUUAGUGAAAUAGGGGAAGAGCUUGCUGCUUUGCCUGAGAAUGCUAUCUUUGCCUUUUCAUACCUUAUAAGUGUUAUCUCCAGGUUCUAACUGAUCCCAUGUGCUAAGUUUGUAAUGAACUCUUUUGUAAUAAUGUAUACUAUAGAACACGAGUCUCUUUUCUCUUUAAUUUCAGAUGUAGCAAAGUGUUAGCUAUUAGAAACUCCCAUUGCAAUUUUUAUUUUUGGUGGGAAUAUAGUGUAAUUAAAAACAAUAACAACAGUAGCAGCAAUGAUGUGAACUUUACAAUUUGUCUUAGUAUGUGUUUCCCAAAAGUAGACCUCAGAUAAGGACUUUUUUCAGGUCAUUUACAUAUGAGGCGAUUCUAGGAAAUACAAGUGAGGAAGUGGGAAGAGUGACACAGGAAGGGGAGAAAGCCAAUAGCAAACCCGUUAACAAACUUUUUGCUAUGGAGUCAAUUCUGACCCAAAGCGACAUGGCCAACUAGAGUCACAGCUGGCAGGUGACGGAACUGAGACUUAGUUGCAGCCCAAGUCCUGAGUAAUGAGAAUAAAACUAUUACACUUUGUCUCAUUCUUUUUUUUUUUUUUAAUUUUUAUUAUGCUUUAAGUGAAAGUUUACAAAUCAAGUCAGACUCUCAUACAAAGAUUUAUAAACACCUUGCUAUAUACUCUUAAUUGCUCUCCCCUUAGUGAGAUAGCACACUCCUUCCCUCCACUAUCUCUUUUCUUGUCCAUUUGGCCAGCUGUUGAACCCCUCUACCCUCUCAUCUCCCU